AUGGACGGUUUAGGACCAGACUGCUCGAAAGCAACCAAAGAUCACUUAUUGGUUAAACAUCCAUGCAGCUGCACUACUUACUUCGUUUGUCUCACCGAUCCGCCAAUUCCCAUGGAAUGUCCUAGCGGCCUUAAAUUCAACGAGAGUCUCCAGACUUGCGAUUACGCAAUUAAUGUGAACUGCAAAGAAGGCUGCCCUACUAAACCUAAUAUUAUGGAAAAAAUUGAAAAGUACGAAGUUUUAGGACAUAAUGACGUCGCGAUGGCUUACUAUUUCAUUGACAAGCUAAUUGAAACAAACGUGGGAGCAUAUAGAAGCGGUACACGAAGAGUUAUGAGCCUAUAUUUGUAG